UCCCUGGACAAGGCCUCUGGUACAAAACACUUCCCUCUAGGCCUUCACUUCCCCCCCACACCAAAGGGGACGGUGAUGACCUAGGCAGGUGCCCUGUGAGCCAGGACCCUGCUCAAAUGUCUGUUGGAGGAGAGGGGCUGAGUUUCCAGCCCUCCUGGCACUGUGGGAGGUGGGCACCUGGUGCUGGGAUCCGGAUGCAGCCACUUUGGGUGGCAACGGAUUGCUUCUCUCUGUGCAGAGCAAUGACAACAUGCGGCUCACCCUCUUGCUGCAGGCAGAGCAGGGAACUCGGCCAGCUGCAGGAGAAGCUGGGGGAGCUGAAGGAAAUGAUGGAGCUGAAGAGCCAGGAGGCUCAGGGUCUGCACCAACAGCGCGACCAGUGCCUGUUCCACCUGCAGCAGCACGUGGCCGCCUACACACAGCUGCACUUUGAGAAGAAGGCGCUACACAAGCAGAACCCUACUGUGCAGCAGCUCAGGAAGCAGCCACAGGAGAUGCAGAACCCCCAGGAGUGCCCAGGCUUGGGCACCAACCACUGCAUCCCCUUCUUCUACCGGGCUGACAAGCAUGAUGACAUUAUCGUCUAACACCAGAUGCCAUCAGCCCGGAGAGCCCCAACCCAAUCCUCGCCACUCUACCCCUGCUAGCCACCCUAUCCCCUGCUGUUCCUUCCCACUUCCCUUCCCUCCUUAGCAAGAACCCCUGAUGGGGAGAGAAAGGCCUCUUUAGGCUGCCUCUCUGGAGGACCCCAGGGGCUCCUGGGGCCUCCUCAUUUCCAGCUCCAUCUUUAGAGGCCGUGAUCAACACAGGCAGCAUUUGUGUGGCCCCCAGAACAGCCAAGACCAGGGGGUGCUCAACCACUUGGGCAAGUCAGCCAGGCAGUUUUCAUCACCCCUCUUGGGGCUAAGUGUCAGCCUGGCUGGCAUAAUCUGGCCAGGAACAUCACGUGGGGGCAUCAGCAGGCACAGACAUGAGGGCAUCAGGAGAGGAGGGCAUCUGAGUGAGGGUCAUUGCUGGUCGGGGGCACCCGGGCAAGGGCAUCACUGGGCAGGGGUCACUUCUGGGGCAGGGGCAUCAUCAUGGGCAAGGGUCACUUCCAGGCCAGGGGCAUCAUGGGUAAGGGUCACUUCUGGGCCAGGGCAUCAUGGGUAAGGGUAUAUGGGUGAGGAGGGCACAAUAGGAUGAGGGUCAUCUCUGGGCAAGGGCAGUCCCUUAUUCAGGGAGGCUCCCGGUGCCAAAUCUCAGGGUGGCCUGGGCAAGCUGAGGCUAAUGGGAGGCCAGGUGCUUACCACACGUGGCGGUCACAGUAGGCCAGGCGUGGUCCAGCUCUUCACUCCAUGCUUGUGCCCCCAGGCAGGCCAGCUGGGAGGCAUGGUCAACAGCCCUCAAAGGGUCGGCUGGGGCAGGUGAUGCAGGGGCACCUGUCCCCUUACUAAGAGGCACACCAGCCAGGCAGGGCCGAGGCAGGCUAGGCAGGCAUUCGGGGGACUGCCUUUUCUUUAGAGGCACUUUGGGGCAGGGCAGUAGGCAGCAUUCUGUCAGGCCCUAGGACAGUUGGGGCUAACUCUAGGCCUGAUGAGGGGAAGAGGCUGCCUCCAGUGGGCCUCCCCACCCCCACCCCCAUGUACAUAUUGUACUUGUGUAUAUUUUGUAUAUUCUGGGGGUAGGGCCUCCCCUGUAUCAUAUCUGAGGCUGGAGCGUGCAAAUGAGGAGGAGGUCUUAAUAAUUAUUUGGGGCUGGGAAACUUAUUUAUUGACAGUCUAUGGCCCAGGAAAGAGGCGGAGACAGGGUUGUGGCACCAUGGUGAUGUGGCUCCUGUUAUUAUCUUGAAAUAAAGAGAUUGAGUCAUACUGCUUGGCCCCGUGUGUGGCAGCUUUGUUGCAGGGCCCAGGGUCUGCUGUGCUGCGGGUGGGCACUGCACAGGGCAGCAGGGCCUGCCAGCAGUGGGCAGCCUCUGUGCUGUGCUGAGUGUUCAGUGGGGUGAAGAGGCCUCUUCCAGGCUGGUCUCCUUACACCGCAACUCCAGGGGCACUGCCACCUGUGUGUGUGUGUGUGUGUGUGUGUAUAUAUAAUAUGAGUUUUUAUAGAUAUUUAUAGAACAGGGCAGGAGCAGGACCACAGAGGGGCACACAUUUUCACCAAGGUCACACCUGGAGGUGUGAGCUCACCACACAACAGAAAGUCACAGAAGAAGGGGAGGCUUUGGGGCUGAGGGGCCACUGUCAAGUCACAGAACAGCUCUCUGGACAGACUGGCAAAGGGAGGUCUCCGAGGAAGAGGAGGGAUCUGGUUAGAGGUUGAAGGGGGGCCUGGGGCUCUCAGGACGGGACGGCCUUGCCUGACCCAAUCGUCUGGCAGUGGGAGAGAGAGCAGAGAGAACAGUGGAGAGAGAGGAGGGAGACAGGUGGUAAGGCAAGA